GAAUGGAGAGUUAGUUAAGGGAAAGUUGGAAUGGUCACUUCUGUGUUUGUCAAAUUACAUUUUACUGAAGCUGGUUCUUUUUUUCCCCAAGCUGGGAUUUAAACCUUGCACUUGAGGGCUCGGUACCUGGAAACAGCCAUGGAGCGGAAAAUACUUCCCAUAUACUUGCUGCUACUUUCUGUUUUCUUGAUUCAGCAAGUUUCUUCUCAAGAUUUACCGAGCUGUGCAGGGAGAUGUGGGGAAGGGUAUUCUAGAGAAGCCACCUGCAACUGUGAUUAUAACUGUCAACACUACAUGGAGUGCUGCCCUGAUUUCAAGAAAGUCUGCACCGUGGAGCUUUCCUGUAAAGGCCGCUGCUUCGAGUCCUUCGCAAGAGGGAGGGAGUGUGACUGUGACUCAGAUUGUAAGAAGUAUGGCAAGUGCUGUCCUGAUUAUGAGAAUUUUUGUGGAAAAGUGCAUAAUCCCACAUCACCAUCUUCAAAGACUGCACCUCCACCUCCGGGAGCAUCUCAAACCAUCAAAUCAACAACCAAACGUUCACCCAAAGCGCCAAACAAGAAGACGACUAAGAAAGUGAUAGAGUCAGAGGAAAUAACAGAAGAACAUUCUGUUUCUGAAAAUCAAGAGUCUUCCUCCUCUUCCUCUUCCUCUUCAACUAUUCGGAAAAUCAAGUCUUCCAAAAAUUCAGCUGCUAAUAAAGAAUUAAAGAAGAAACCCAAAGUAACAGAUAACAAGAAGGAAAAAACUCCUAAAAAGAAACCUACCCCAGAACCACCAGUUGUAAAUGAAGCUGGAAGUGGACUGGAUAGCGGUGACAUCAAGCUCACCCCAACUCCUGACACUCCUACUACCCAAAGCAAUAAAGUUACCACAUCUCCCAAGGUUACAACAGGCAAACCAAUAAAUCCUAAACCCAGUCUUCCACCUAAUUCUGAUCCAUCCAAAGAGACACCUUCAAAACCUAAUAAAGAGACAAUAGCUGAAACUAAAGAGAUUUCUUUAACAAAAAAAGAGACUUCAAGUGGAACAAAAGAGAAGACUGUUUCAACUAAAGAGACACGAAGCGCAGAGAAAACACCUGCUGAAGAUUUUAUACCCACAUCCAAAGCUCCUGUUAAAUCUACACCCAAAGCUGAAACUACAACCAAAUCCCCUGUUCCCACCACCACCACGGAGCCUACACCUACUACUACCAAGGAGCCUGAACCCACUACUCCCAAAAAGCCUGUACCCACUACCACCAAAGAGCCUGCACCCACUACCAUCAAGGAGCCCACACCCACUACUCCUAAGGAGCUUGCACCCACUACCACCCAAGAGCCUGAACCCACCACCACCAAGGAGCCUGAACCCACCACCCCUAAGAAGCCUGCACCUACCACUCCUAAGGAGCCUGCACCCACUACCACCAAAGAGCCUGUACCCACAGUCCCCAAAGAACCUGCACCCACUACGACCAAGGAGCCUGAACCCACCACCACCAAGGAUGAACCCACCACCACCAAGGAGCCGACACCCACCACCCCUAAGGAGCCUGCACCCACAGCCCCCAAGGAACCUGUACCCACAGUCCCCAAGGAGCCUGCACCCACUACCACCGAGGAGCCAACACCCACCACCACCAAGGAGCUGACACCCACCACCCCUAAGGAGCCUGCACCCACAGCCCCCAAAGAACCUGCACCCACUACCACCAAGGAGCCUGAACCCACCACCCCUAAGGAGCCUGCACCCACAGUCCCCAAGCAGCCUGCACCCACUACCACCAAGGAGCCGACACCCACCACCCCUAAGAAGCCUGCACCUACCACUCCUAAGGAGCCUGCACCCACCACGCCCAAGGAGCCUACAAUUACCACGCCCAAGGAGCCUACAACUACCACUCCUAAGGAGCCUGAACCCACUACCAUCAAAGAGCCUGCACCCACAGCUCCCAAGGAACCUGCACCCACCACCACCAAGGAGCCAACACCCACCACCUCUAAGAAGCCUGCACCUACCACUCCUAAGGAGCCUGCACCCACCACCCCCAAGAAGCCUGCACCCACUGCCCACAAAGAGCCUGCACCCACCAUGCCCAAAGAGCCUGUACCCACUGCCCCCAAGGAGCCUGCACCCACCGUUCCCAAGAAGCCUGCUCCAGCUCCUCUUGAGACACCUGCUCCAACCACCUCAGAGGCCUCUACUACAACUACCACCAUGGAGCCUCCUCCCACUACUCCCAAGAACCCUGCUGAAUCAACGCCUGCAGAACCCACACCAAAGCCUCCUGAGAACAGUCCCAAGGAACCUGUUGUACCUGUAACCAAGGCUCCUGAAGUGACCAAACCUGAAAUGACAACAGCUAAAGACAAAACAGAAAAAGACACACAUACGAAACCUGAAAUUACAAGUGCUGUACCUAAGAUUACAACCCAAGAGACAGCAAUUCCAACAGAAGAGACCACUGAGUCCAAAACAAGUACAACCACACAAGUAACUCCUAUCACAUCGUCCAAAAGUACUCCUAGAGCAACAACUCCUGCACCCAAAGAAAUGACUACAACAAAAAAGACAACUACAAUGGAAGAGACUGUGACUAAACCUGAAGAAACCACAGCUGUGCCCAAAGAUACAACCAAGAAACCUGAAGUGUCAACUUCCAAACCCCGAAAGCCAACCAAAGCACCAAAAAGGCCUACUUCUACCAAAAAGCCAAAAACAGUACCUAAAGGGAGAAAACCAAAGACUACAGCAACUCCCCCAAAGAUGACUACAUCGACAAUGCCUACAUUACACCCUACCUCUUCAGAGGAAGCCAUGCUCCAAACUACCACCAGCCCCAACCAGGGACUUAACUCAGAAAUAGUUGAAGUAAAUCCAAAUAAAGAUGCAGAUAUUGCUGGAGAAAAACCUCACAUGAUCCCCAGGCCCCCUGUGUUAACCCCUAUAUUUAUCCCAGGUACUGGUACCUUGGUGAGAGGAUCCAAUCAAGACAUCGCCAUCAAUCCCAUGCUUUCAGAUGAGACUAAUUUAUGCAACGGUAAGCCAGUAGAUGGACUGACUACUUUGCGCAAUGGAACACUGGUUGCAUUUCGAGGUCAUUAUUUCUGGAUGCUGAGUCCAUUCAAUCCACCAUCUCCACCUCGUAAAAUUACUGAAGUUUGGGGUAUUCCUUCUCCCGUUGAUACGGUUUUUACUCGAUGCAAUUGUGAAGGAAAAACUUUCUUCUUUAAGGAUUCCCAGUACUGGCGUUUCACCAAUGAUAUAAAAGAUCCCGGGUACCCCAAACAAAUUGUAAAAGGAUUUGGAGGACUAAAUGGAAAAAUAGUGGCAGCUCUCUCAAUAGCUAAACACAAGGACAGACCUGAAUCUGUGUAUUUUUUCAAGAGAGGUGGCGGCGUUCAGCAGUAUAUUUAUAAACAGGAACCCAUCAGAAAGUGCCCUGGAAGAAGGCCUGCUAUCAAUUACUCAGUGUAUGGAGAAACAACACAGGUUAGGAGACGUCGCUUUGAACGUGCCAUAGGACCUUCUCAAACACACACCAUCAGAAUUCACUAUUCACCCAUCAGAGUCUCUUAUCAAGAAAAAGGUUUCCUCCAUAAUGAAGUUAAAAUGAGUUUACAGUGGAGAGGAUUUCCAAAUGUGGUUACUUCAGCUAUAGCACUGCCCAACAUUAGAAGACCCGAUGGCUAUGAUUACUACGCCUUUUCUAGGAAUCAAUACUAUAACGUCGAUGAACCCAGUAGAACAGCAAGAGUCAUUACCACUCGUUCUGGGCGGAGCUUAUCCAAUGUCUGGUACAACUGUCCUUAGACCCACCGGCAAAGGAAGAGUCAACUAAUUAAAUGAAGAAUGAAAAAUUUUGACAUUGAAAUACAUUUUAUUAAUAAAGAAUGUUGAGAGAAGCAUA